CAUGCGCCAAUUUACAGGAAGCGUUAACGUUUUUCUUUUACCAGCUGAUUUAGCCAAAUUGUCAACAGUCAAGCCUGCGGUAGCUGCGCUGCUGAAACGACAGUAUAUACGACAGAACGAGGAGCGAAGAGAGGUCACGACACCAAUCGGCGAGACUUGACUACACUCUGGAAGUGACUGACCUCCCAGUAGCACCCAUCUCCACCCCAGGGAGGAGGCCCAGCCCCCCUGCCGUCUCCUACGCGGGCCGGUAUGAGCUCCAGAGGGAGUGGAGGCCGCUCCAACGGCACACUACCACAAACCAAGAUCUGCCAGUUCAAGCUGGUGCUGCUGGGUGACAUGGCUGUGGGCAAAUCCAGCCUGGUGCUGCGUUUCGUCAAGGGACAAUUUGAUGAGUUCCAGGAGACGACCAUAGGAGCUGCGUUCCUGGCUCAGUCGGUGUGUCUAGAUGACACCACAGUGAAGUUUGAGAUCUGGGACACCGCGGGACAAGAGCGGUACCACAGCUUGGCUCCGAUGUACUACCGUGGCGCUCAGGCUGCUAUCGUUGUCUUUGACAUCACCAAGCCGGAGACUUUUGAGAGAGCCAAGGCCUGGGUGAAGGAGCUGCAGAGGCAGGCCAGUCCGAACAUUGUUAUUGCCCUGGCCGGGAACAAGGCCGACCUGGCAGAGAGGAGACUAGUAGAGUAUGAGGAAGCCCAGACGUAUGCUGAAGACACUGGCUUGCUCUUUAUGGAGACUUCGGCUAAGACAGCCAUGAACGUCAAUGAGCUCUUCCUGGCCAUUGCAAAAAAGAUGCCAAAAACAGACACCCAAAACCCUACACAUGCAGCGCGACAUCGGGGGGUCAACCUCCAGGACCCAGACGCCCACUCCACUCGAGCCUGCUGCGGUGGGAACUAGACCUCCACAGCUCCCACCAGUACUCCACCAUCCACACCACCACAGCCCUUCAACCAUCCCGUCUCCGUCAACCAAGUUAAAAAGGGGUGGGCCUGACGCGGGGGGGACCCAGUGUCCACUCACCCCCCACUCAUCCUCCUGUCAGAGCAGACAGAAAUUCAAAAGGAGAGAAUUAAAAAAAUAAAAAAAAGGGGGGAAAUGAAGAGCAAACUGAGUUGGAGAAGAAAGACACGACGUUUCACACAUCUGUGUCUCUUGACCAACAACUGCUGAGUCUGCGUUUUUGGAAAGUACGAGAGGAAGGGGUCGACUGAGAAUGAGGAGGAGAAAAAAAAAGAAAAAAAAAAAAGAAUGUGAAAGACAUUGGCAAGCCUGUUGUAGUUUUAUAGCACUAAUUGUGAUUUUUUUGUUCCGUAAUUCUGCCUUGCGUCAUUUCAGUCACAGCCCCUGAUCGCGUAGAAAUGCACAAAAAACGAAGCGGCACACGCUGGCGAGUGGCCAGGAAAGAAAAAAAAAUAAUAAUAAUACAAAGAAAAAAGGGUCAAGCCAAGUUGUGAGGUCGUGACUGCUUUCUUCUUCUCCUUCGUCAGAGCUUGCGCACGCUUGCUUUGCCCUCCUCCUAGUCCCGAAUGGAUCAGAUCCUGCUGUGAAUAACGCUGCCACAUACUGAACCCCUGGAAUGAUCCCGUCAUUUGUAAUCCCCCCCCCGACCUGCCUGACCUUCCCCGGUGUCCCUAGCGCUGGCCAGGCUCACAGUAGAUAAGACCCAUGGCACAGUUUGCCCCUAACAUAAGUCCACUUGUACGUAUUUAUUGUCGGGUGUUUUGACUUCUCUCUCGUGUCUCCGAGGCGCUCCUAUUUCUCCUCUCACGUCCAGAUAGAAACUCAUCAUGUGGGGAAAACAUUUCAACUUUAAAAAGAUUGAUGAUUUGACAUGGUGUUUCUCAUUAAUACAUUUUGGUCCGACAGACUUUGUUGUUUUAAUAAAGAAAAGAAAAAACUGAUUGCUGAAGUGCCGUGUUCCUAAAAACAGUUUGGGUUUCAAUGCCUUGCUUGAGUGCUCGUAGGGAAAAAAAUAAAUAAAAAAUGUCUGUGGCUCUUCACAGCAACAAUAUAGACUUGAUCUGCAGUGUCUAUAGUCCCAUGACUAAUAUUUUAAUGUAUGAGCAGAAAACUUAACUCUAACUAAUGUCUUUUAGCAGAAAACAACUCUAUCAAACAUACCAGACUCACUGUAUUUAUUAAAUGGCUUAAUUUUCUUUUUCAGUUGUUACAAUGAGCGAUGGGGCUUAUUGUAAUAGCAAGAGAUGUGGUAGUCCAUGUGUGGCUCUGCUCAGAUGAAAUUAUUGGCAUCAGAUAAAUGAGAUAUUAGGGAAGGGAAUGGAAGGCGGGAGGAGGAUACGAAAAAUCUGACAUUUGUAAUAAACCUGUACCCGUGCCCCGUGGGAGAGAAUCAGCCCAUCUUGUGUUUAAUGUGUCCCUCGUCUGCCCCUUGUCCUAGGGUUAAGUUGUUGGUGAACAUGAAACCAUAGUGAUCUCCAUUUCACUUAAUAUGAUGCUCUUUAAACAAACAACAACAAAAAAAAGAGUUGUGUGCUUGGUUGCUGUCCAAGGCUUGGCUGAAGAAAAGGAAGUUAAUUAACAAAAAAAAACAAAAAACAGAAGUGCCUAUUCCCAGUUUCUCUCUUUUUUUUUUCUUCUUUUUUUUGUGAAUCAUGCGUUUGUGCUUCGUAGGCAAAGUGCAGGACAUUUCCCUGACAUUGGCUUGUACUAUGAACCAAUAAUAACUUGGCGCUCGGUCAUUAGGCUACUCCGUAUCGGCUCUUUGUAUGGAUGUAAAGAGAUGUUGUCGAAUACACUGUAUGUUAAAUAUUGUCUUACAUUUGAAUGAAAGUGUAUUUUAGCACAGCACACUUGUAAACCUGGAAUGGAUCAUUGAAAAAGGGACUCUAAUCAAUGUUAUAAAUCUGUUUGAUUUCAACAAAUAUUGGGUGUCCAGGAAAUCAUUUUGUUCUGCUUUUUUUCCAGAUUCACAACCAGGCAAAUUAGAGCUCAUUGAUAUAUAAAAAAAGGGGGACUAAUUAAGGGUUUUCAAAUAAAAGCUACAAUUAUUUGUACACACGUACACACACACACACACACUAAAUUAAACAGCAUUCACUUCCAUUCAUUCGUCAGUGAUCAGAAGUAGGUUCGGUGAUCUGUGCAAUUAAAAACAAGACUUGAUUUCUCAUCAGCAUCUUAAGUAUGUAUCGUGUUCAAUAAAGCUGUGAAUGGCCCUCUGA